AUGAUAGUGAAAAAGAUGAACCCACAGCACCGCUGGGUACUGGAAAACACUUCUUUUGAUUCAUGUCAAAGACAGCAAAUUCUUUUCUCGGCAAGGGGUUUCACCAAUCUUUUCCGGACCCUUGUUAGAGCUAAGAAGCCACUGGUGGGACAUAAUAUGCUGAUGGAUCUUCUGCAUCUACAUGAGAAAUUCUACAAACCCCUUCCUGAAAACUAUGAGGAAUUUAAAAAUAACAUCCACUUCCUGUUUCCUGUUCUUAUGGAUACAAAGAACAUUGCCAAAGCCACGUGGAAGGAAUUUCAAUUUCCUCAAGUUUCUAAUCUUUUGGAGGUGUAUGAAAUGCUGUGCAGUGUUCUGAGUCCAACAGACCAGCAUUGUCCAGAGAUCUUUCACUCAAAGGAUUGCCUCAGAUACGCUACAAAUAAGUGUCCUCAUGAGGCAGCCUAUGAUGCAUUCCUCUGUGGAUCAGUUCUUCUUAAAAUAGCUCACUUGCUCCUUUGCAGAAAUAUUGGUGAUCAAACAGCAGUACCCACUUUUUCUCAGUACCUUGAUGUAUUAGCUGCAUAUGUGAAUCAGGUGAACUUGAUUCGAGCUGCGGUUCAGAAAAUUAAUUUUUCUGAUGUGGAUGUCCCUACACAGCGUCCCCCCCUCCUAGUAGCUACUGUGAAGGGGUGGCCUGGGGUAACUGAAGAGCAGAUUUAUCAAGAGUUACGGACCCUCUGCAGGUUUGAUGUCCGGCGGCUAGGAAUGAACCAGUUUCUCUUGCUCUCCAAUAAAUUUAAAGACACCAGGAUAGUUCUGAAAGAAUAUAAAGCUCAUCCCAAUCUGCAGAUUUCUGUGUACCACCAUUGGAGGCAUUCUCCACAAGUGACUAGCUUCCUACAAAUAUGUGGCAUUGUGGCCUCUUGGUCUCUGCUGGCUUUCUUGCUUGGAGGCUCUUCUAGUUGUCGUGUGUAACAGCUCAUCCACUGGAAAUGCUUUUCUGCAGCUUC